AUGCCCAAGAAACACCAACAGAAAGCGCUCCUGACCAAGCCGCAAUCCAGUACUCCCAACACGUUAUCGUUGUCCAAGUCCUCCACAUCGAAGCAAAGUGAACUCGCCCAGCAACGCACGGUCAACGAGCUCAUUCGCGAAUCUCGCCGCUUACAAAUAAGAAAUGAAUUCCGCCGUCCUCCGCCGUCCUCCAAUACGGGCUCCAUCCCGCCUGCGCUGCGAGUGGUCCUUGACAUUCCGCCUCCUCAACCGCCUGCCCCUCGCCUCGGUGACAGAGCCACUGGUCCAAAUCGUCUGCGGCGCGUCCCCGGGCCUCCGCCUCCAAGGAGCUGGCUUACAGACAGUAUCCACGCUCCGGCGGCCGUCAGGACUGCGUUGACAUCAGCCAGCGAGAACGAGAAUCGUCGAGUCCUGAUCCGCACGAGCCAUUUGCCAGACUGUACUUUCCCGCCGCCCCAGUCCCUCCAGCAUCUCCUGUUGAAGAACAUAGCGAGGGAUUGGGCGUGGCAUGCGAAACACGAUGAGGACUAUUUAGGCGUGUUGCCUACGAAGCUGAAGGAGACGCUAUUAAGUUACCUUGCAGUCUACAACGAAGUGUCUAUCAAUCCGCUCCGGAUAUUGUUCUUAUCGUCCGAGUCCGAGGCCGAGGAUCGCGCUGAAGUGCGUCGUUUGGAUCUGAGUAAUGGAUUAGGAGCAUGGACCACAUUGAAACAACUUGAACGAGAUCUUGUGAUCAAGCAACAGACGCCACCUUUGACGCCGUCGGAUUCGAGUUCUAUGAUGGCGACUACGGUGGAAGCCUCGUCUUCGUCGUCCACACCUGAUAGCUGGGAUGCGGACGAUGACGGCAAUGAGCCGACAAGUCCGUCGUUCAAGAAGGGUCCCAAGACAGGGCCCACCUUUGUCAACUUGAAGCACUUGUCACUUGCGAUUUCUCCGGGAAAUGCGACGGCCGCGUCGUGGGCGUCUCUGCUUUCUCUGGCCGCGGAAUUGCAGACCUUGACAUCUCUCUCGCUGGCAUAUUGGCCCCAGCCUACUUUCACGCCCAACGCUGCUUCCACAAGAGCGGUCAUUCGGACACCGAGCGCCAGACCGGUGGUGUAUGGCGGCUCAGACAUUUACACCCCAUAUGAUAGCAACUGGAGAGAAGCUGCGGGAAUCCUCCGAACAUUGAGUCGAUCAUUGUAUUGCCUGAAGUGGCUGGAUCUCACGGGCUGUGGUGACUGGUUUGCUGCUCUGCAAUGGACUCCGUCGGCGACGGGGUCUUAUUCUCACGAGACCCUUGGGCCGGAAUGGAAUGGCGGUUGGAGAGGACUCGAGAGACUUGUUCUCGAAGUUGGAUGGAGGCCAAUCCCUCCGGAAGCGGAGAGUCGGCCAGCGGAUCCGGACGAGUCAUCGUGGAAUGUCGAGAAUGAGCGGAAAGUGUAUCGCCAUAAUAAGGAGCGAGAGCGGUUUGCUGAGAUUCGCCGCACCGCGCAGUCCGUUGCCCGAUACUUGCGAGCAAGUCGAAAGGAUCGCGGGGGGAUAUGGGUCGAGGUCGAUUUAGGGGAAGACCUCGCUGCGUUGGGAUAG